AUGACGGGGUACUAUCUGCGAAGCCUUAUUGGUAGCAACGAGGUAUGUUUUGUUGGUCUAAUUGAAACUAUGAUUGAAGAUAUUAGUAGAAUGGAGGUUAAUAGACUUAUUGGUAUGAACUGGGAUUUUUUUCACUUCCCUGCUAUGGGGAAAUCGGGAGGUUUGUUAAUGUUGUGGAGAAGGGAUAUAUCACAGUUUGUUGUUGAUAUGUCUAUGGAUCAGGCUGUUGUUGGCAGUUUGAUAUUAUUCAAUCAGCAGAAGUGGAUUGUGGCUAUUGUCUAUGCUAAUAAGAAUUACCACACUCUUCGGGUGCUGUGGAAAUCGAUUGGUCCUUUAAUCAGCUAUGAUCUCCCUAUGAUUGUGGGUGGAGAUUUUAAUUGCUGCUUGAAUCAGAAUGAGAAGAAAGGGGGUAGAAGAUUCAGCUAUUCUGUUGGAGCUCAGAAAAUGGUUGAUUUCCAGGUUGAGAAUGAUUUGCAUGACUUGGGCUUUGUGGGACCAAGGUAUACGUGGUCGAAUAAUAAAAGUGGAAAUAGUAAGAUUUGGGUUAGACUUGACAGAAUUUUGAUGAAUUCUGAAGGACUUCGGAUGGCUCCAAUGGUUUCAGUUAAGCACCUGCUCCGUCUAGCUUCUGACCAUUGUCCGUUAUUACUUAAUUUUUCUCCAACUUCUCCGAGACCUGGCAUAAGAUGGCUGAGAUUUGAAGAUAUCUGGAUGACAUAUCCGAUCACUUGGAAGCUUGUUUGGAAGAAUUGGACUAAGCUUGACUUUGGUCAACUUGAUGAUGUGCUUAAUCGUAAGUGCUCACAUACUCUAAAAGCAUUAUUUUUUUGGAGCAGGAACAAACUCAGGGAACUUGGGGAGCUGAAGACUUCGCUAGAAGGUAGAAUUGAGGAACUUCAAUUACAGGAGAGUAUGGGGGAGGGACUGAGCAAUGAGCAGGAUGAGGAGCUAUGUCAGAAGGCUGCUGAAUUGAAUUCUACAUUGGCUCGCCUGGCUACUUGGUGGAGACAGCGAGCGAAGGCUAGAUGGAUUGAGGAAGGGGAUGCUAAUUCUCACUUCUUCCAUGCUUCGGCUUCUGCUCGAAGAAGAGGCAAUAGGAUUGCUCAAGUUAAUGAUUCUGAUGGGAAUUGUAUCAUUGAUCUGAUUCUUAUUCAGGAAGAGUUUUUGCACUUUUUAUGA